GAUCUCAAGUCAGGGAAGCCAGACUGGGAACCGCGCGGCGCAGCAAUCGCGUUAGGGUCGGGGCGUUAGCCUCUCUCCACGCUGCCGGCCAGCUGGGCUGGGGGAGGGGGGCACCGUGUGACCUGAGGAGCCGCUGGAGGAGAAAGGAGGAGCCGGCGACACCAUGUGAGCCGCUGGCCGGGGGCAGCAGCAGCAGCAGCCCGCCGUGAAGACAGAUGGGGUGAGCGAGAGUCAGCUCCAGCUGUCAGCGCGGCUUCAGCCCAGCCCCUGCCUGCGCCCCUCCUCCGCCGCGCGUCUCCCCCCUGGCCUCGGGCAAACCAUGGCGUCCAGCGAGGAGGACGGGGCCGGCGGCGGCGGCUCGCUGGAGGAGAAGGAGAAGGGCAGGAAGAGGCGCCUGGGCGCCUUGGCCACAGCUUGGCUCAUCGGCUACAACAUCGCCAUGACCGCCGGGUGGCUGGUAUUGGCUAUUGCCAUGGCUCGGUUUUACAUGCAGAAAGGAACAUACAAAGGCUUAUACAAAACUAUUCAAAAGACACUUAAAUUUUUCCAGACAUUUGCUGUGCUUGAGGUAGUCCACUGUGCAGUUGGAAUAGUUCACACCUCUGUGCUUGUGACUGGGGUCCAAGUGAGUUCAAGAAUCUUCAUGGUAUGGUUUAUAACACACAGUAUAAAACAGAUCCAGAAUGAGGAGAGCGUUAUUCUUUUUCUGGUCGUUUGGACUGUGACAGAGAUUACACGAUAUUCCUUCUACACAUUCAACCUGCUCAACCAUUUGCCAUACUUCAUUAAAUGGGCCAGAUACAACUUUUUUAUCAUCUUGUAUCCUGCUGGAGUUGCUGGUGAACUUCUAACGAUUUAUGCUGCAUUACCUUAUGUGAAGAAGACAGGCAUCUUUUCACUGAGACUUCCCAACAAGUAUAAUGUCUCUUUUGACUACUACUACUUCCUUAUUAUUGUCAUGGCCUCAUAUAUACCAUUGUUUCCACAACUCUACUUUCAUAUGCUGUGGCAGAGAAGAAAGGUGCUUCAUGGAGAAGUGAUUGUAGAAAAGGACGAUUAAUCCAACUCUUGUAACCAUGGUGCUUUUUACAGAACAAUAAGAAAUGGAAACAAAACACUUCAUGUGAUCCUUAUGAGUCCAAGUUUUAAAUCAUGGAACAAGAAUAAAUGGCUGUGCAUGAAAUAACAUGGAUUGUAUUGUUUUGUAAAUUCAGUAUGUCUUCAGACUUUGCAUUUCAUCCUUGGCUUCACUUUUGAUUCUUUUAUUUCAUUGAUUGGUUGUUUCCUCAGACAAACUAUUUUCUUCCCAAUUUUUUUAUAUAAAUUAACAAAUAGAGGCAGGAGAUUGAAUAGCUUGCCAAAUUGCUUUCUAUUACAAAACUUCUAGUGGUCAUUAAGAAAAAAAACAGAGUUGAUGAGCAAUAUUGGAAGUUAGUACAGUAUUCUGAAAAAUAGAUACUUCAUAAAUUAGAUUUUUUUCAUAGGACAGGUGGCUUAAAUUUUGUCCUUUCUUAUUAUUUUGAAAAUAUUAAUCUUUGUCAAUAUUCAGAACUGAGAGUUUAGUGUCUCUUGAACCUUAUGAGAACACGCCAUUAAAAGUAAACUAAACUAAAGCUAGGGUUAUAAUUACUUAGGGUCUGACUCUGCAGCCCUUACUCACAUUAAGUAGUAUCUUCCUUCACAAUUACCCUUUUGAAACUUUUAGAGUCCAAUUAAGCAUUAGUAAGUGUAAUAGAAUUGGACCCUUCAUUAGGCCAGAGACUCAGCAUGGGGGAAGUGGUCCAUGCUAGCAGAUUCAGGUUCAGGAUCAAGGCCUGGAAGAGCUGAAGCCUUUUACUUGCAGGAUCAUAUCUUAGCAUCAUAGAAUAAGCUUGUAAAAGAGUUGAACUCUAGAUUCUCCAUGCAGAUUUAGAGUAGUGUACUUCAGUUUGCUACUACUUGAUGCCUAGCUAUAGCUGAUGAUGUGGCCCAGGUUUAUUUUGUCCUGGUGAAUUGAUUACCAGUUUAUUCUGUAUUCUAGAGUUAGGGAACAUGAGGGGUGGCGGUGAGGAGUAAAUACAGAAGUACAUGUGGAAACUGCAGCUAUGGCAAAGUAUUUUAUUUCUUACAAUUAAUCAAAUGGGAUAAAAAUGGAAGAUUUAAAAAUACUUUAAAAUACUGUCUUGACAUGUAAUUGUAUUUUGAAUCAGCCAGCUAUGCACUUUUAAUUGCUCCUUCAGUUAAUUGUUUCAUCCUCUUUAUAAUGUAAUCAAGGAACAGUUUUGGAUCUGGUCCUAUUUAACAUCUUUAAUAAUCUAGAAGAGGAACAUGUUAAUGAAAAUCACAGAUAAUGCUAAAGAUGUUAUAAACACCAGCAUGGAGAGAUGAGUUAUAUAAUGGGUCUUACAGAGGUUAGAAAUAUGGGCAGAAAUUUAAAGCCAUAAAGUUGGAAGAGACCUGAAGUGAGAGUGGACCACAGAUUAAAUGUUCAUUUGCAAUACGAUGUGGUAGCAAAAAAGAUCAGUGCAAUUUGGGGUUGCAUAUGCUGAAGUUUCAUGUCGUGAAGCAGGGAGAUGUGAUUGUCCCUCGUUAGGGGAUUCGCCUGAGUCCACAUCUGAAAUAGCAUGUAAAGUUCUGGGUACCUCAAAAGCAGAAAUUUUUAGGCAAACUAGAAAGUUCAAAAAACAGCAAUAAAAAUAAUGAAUGGACAUGAGUAAGAGGUAGGAAAGAUUGACUUUAAAACAUUAAAUAUGUACAGCGUGGUUACGGGGAAAAUAUUGAGAAGGAAAAGGAAUUAUUAAGUACUAGGAGUUGUAAUUAGGAGUCAGGGGAAAUUAAGAAAUGGAAAAUAUAAAAUGAAUACUAGGAAAAAGAUCCUGACCAUGAGCUCUACUAAGUUGCUGAAUAAUAUUCCAAGGCCCAUGAUGGCAGCUCCUUUUCCUGGGACAUGUAAAGCCCAACUUUUUGGAAUACUAGAAAACAUAUUGUAGGAAACAGUCUUGCUUUGACAGUGGAUGGGUCUAGAUAACCUGAAAGGUGGUUUCGAUUCUAACUUCUAAUGAUUAUAUACUGUGACUUUUAAAAAGAGUUGGAAAUGUUUCCUGAUGUGACUAACAAGUCUUUGUUAUAUCCUUAAGUUGCAAUUUUAUGUCUUAGACUUCCCAUAUUUACACAUCUCAACAUUACGUGUAAACUAGCUUCCUUUUCAGUUAUUGGUGUAUAGAAGGCUUGAGAUGGAAUAAUGGUUUUUCUGACAAUUUGAAAACUGAAUAUUUUUGAUCUAUUUUUAAAACAGCGUAUUGAUCCAAGGUGCUACGUUAACUUAUUAAAAUACAUUUUUAUGCAGCUGAAAUGAUUUAAUGUAUUAAAAUAUAUAUCACAUUUACAGUCUUGAGGCACAAAAUACUUAUACAUGCUACAUGUUUAGACUAAAAGUUUUAUUUGUUAAGUGUCUUUUGCAUAAAAAGUGCUUCAAAUAUUAAUUGUUCUGAUAAACUUAAUUCAACUUGCACUCUGUUCCAUAUGAAACACCCGGGCAGCUUCUGAGCACCUAUUUCUCAAUGAGCAGGCAGAAGGCUCUCAUGGAAUUUGAAUUAAUUAAUGUGAUUGGGUUGUGUUCAGUGCCAAAGUGUAAUAUCCUUUUACUGGGGGUUUGAACUUACUUAAGACUAUGACUAUUGAUCUAUUUGAAAUUAAUUGACUAUUCCAAGGGCCUGAUCCUGCAACUCUAACUCAAAUGAGUUUGUCCUUUGAUUACGAGUUGAAGGGCUGAGCUCCAAUACAGUGUUGUUCGUCCGGGGGAGGAGCGGGGUUGUAUUGCGUGUGGGUUGAACAUAUUGUCAUACAAGAUGCAAAGAAUUGCUGUAAGCAUUUUGAUAUCCUUUUAUACAUGCAACAUGACUUAAUACAACACCAUUCAUUACCAUUCUGGUUUUUGGCUUGCACAAAGUAGCAAUGUACUAGUCCUGAAUAGUAAUACAUGAACAAGAAAAAACGUAAAGGUGGUUUACAAUUGAAGUAGAAUCUUGUUAAACUGCACAUCAAUAAACUGCAGCCUCAUGCUGAAAAUAACUCUUUAGGUCUGUGUUACUGAAGGCCAGACCAGUGAGAUGACAAGCUCCCUGUGAAAAUUACAUUGAAUCUCUCUCUCUCUCUCUCUCUCUUUAAAUCUUUCACUGAAUUUUUCACUCCGCUCUAAUUAAUAUAUUUUAAAUUGAUAUCUUCUGUUAGCAAGUAAGAACUGUGAGUGAAAUCCUGGCCCCACUGAAGUCAAAGAUUGAAACCCCCAUUGACUUCAGUCAGGCCAGUAUUUCAGUCUGUGUGCAUAGCAUCAUAUUUAUAACAUAAUGAAAUAGUGAACUAACUUACUCCAUGCUAUAUACAAUUGGCAUUAAAAACAAGUGUGAAUUUCUUAGGGUGCCCUCUGUUUCCAACCUGAAUUUGGCACAUUUGUCCAUCUUUGUAAUCUUCACUGCAGUAUUCACAAAUGUUUUAACUUAUUGAGAACCUCUUUAUUAUGAAAGGUUAGGAAUAUAUUCCAGCAUUAAAUUCUUUGACAUUUUUAUAUUGUAUCUAAUAAGCUGUUCAUGUGAAUGACAGCUCUUGCAUCAUGCUAUUUUGGUGUUUUAUUGAAGGUGCUAAUAUCUGGCCUGAUUCUGUAAUGUUUAUUUGUGGGACGGCCUUUAUUCAUAUGAGUAAUCCCAUUGAUUUCAGAACUUGGCCCUUAAUGCCUUAAGGCUUAAUCCUGAGAUCAGACCAAAACCCAUAGAAAAGGGCAUGGGACUGAGAAAUGGCAUCAGCCCUAACUGCCCAAGAUGGCCAAUGCUGGCCAUUGUGAAGAACAGUUGGCACAGUUCAUUUCUCCCCUCUCUUGCUCUAUACAGCAUCUUAGAACAUGGCUGCGUUGGCUACACUGAGUCUAAACCACAAUCCCUACCCUCUCCAUGGAGAACUGUGGAGACCAGUUUGGGAGAUCUCCAUGCACAAAGGGGAAGCAGAAUCACCUUGCAUGGCUUCUGUGCUCCACUCUACCCUGCCUAAGGCUUCAUGAGCAUGAAUUUCUCUCAGGAGCUGGCUCUGUAAAAGCAAUAAUAUGCCAACACUUCUGUACUAUGCUGCUGUGUAUAGUACAGUUCAAUAUUAAUAGCCUUAGAGAACUUGUGCAACAUGCUUCUGCUAAUUCCCAUUAAAUAACAUUAAUCACAUAUGGCCAGUUACCUCGUUCUCUUCAUGUUAAUUAAUAAGCUGCAAUGCACAUUUCACAGGGCAACAUGUGGAAGGCUUUUCUGUAACCAAAGGGAACGUACUUCUUUCUAUCUAGGACAUACAUAUGUAAACGUUAAAUCUAGGAAUUGCCACUGCUCUGCCUGUGAUACUAAGAUUCUUCAUGGUAGUUGACCUAAGUGAUGAGUGACACUUUCUGUUUUUAUUGUGAACUGAUCAAAUCUACAACCUAAACGUGGCAUGUGCAUAAGCCAGUUUUGGUGAACUGAGCUCAAGCUCAACUGUUAUUAGGGAAAAAAAGAGGAACUAAUGUUAAGAACUGAUACAUGGGGAUUUUUAACGAGGAAUACUUAGAGUAAGUGUGCUGGACUGAACAAGAGGGUUUUGUAAAAGUGAGAAUUUCAGAUGGACAAAUUGACUGCAGUUAAUCCUAGAGAAUUAGUGAAGCUAUUUUUCUGAAAGACAAUGCUGCAAGCCUUUUAUAAAUUCAAAUUUGUUUUAUAAUUUGUAUUUUAAAAUGUGCUUAUAGAUAUUUAUUAUGAAACAGCUUACAGGUCAAGUCCACACUACAUAUCCACUUUUUGGUAUGGAUACAGUACUUUGACCUCUUAAAAUGUGUUCAGCUAUUUUUAUUAUACUGAAAAUUAAAUUUAAGGAAGUAAAUAAUUGACAUUUCUGCAAAGUGGUUGUUAGUGUGGUUUCUUUCAUGACUUUAUUGUGGUAUUGUUAGUGUGUGCUAAGCCCAAUGCCCUGAAAGCAGCAAGUUAAAAUUUGGCAAGGAGAGCUCUCUCAAACAUACUUGCAAGAUCGGGGGGGCCUUAGUAGUAAACUGCAUGCAGGUGCAGGGGUGUAAGGGCCUGACAUUGUAAGGUGCUGAUACCUCCUGAGAGAUCUUGAGGGCCUUAAGCUUCGAUUGAUUUCAAUGGGAGUGGAAGAUGUCUAGCACCUCGGAGGGUGAUCAACACUUUGUAUUAUCAGAUUCUAAAAGCCUGAUCCUGUGAACUCUGGGACCUCACAGAUAGCCCCACUGGCUCCUUAAAAGCUUGAUCCUGGAUGGUACUAAUUACCUCUUAUAAGGUGCUGAGAGCCCUCAAUUCCAGAUGGCACUGGGUAUAAUUCUAAGAAGUGCUUAGCACAUGUAACUCCACAUGACAUCCACAAAGGCAGUGGGAAUUUUGGGCACUCACCACCUGUCAGGAUUAGACCCUAGACUGGUAGCUUUUGGGAACACUCAAAAUGUACCAUAGUCCAUUUGUCAUGUUACAUCAACUAAAAUAUGAUGUGGUCUGGCUUAUUCACAGUCAUCUUGCUUCUUAAUUCAUUCUUGUUCAUGUUUUAUUUCUUUCCAGUUGCUUGCUUUGUACAAAUGUAAGCACAGUCUAAUUUGUCUAAUCUUUUCAUGUAGAAAAUGUAUUUAAAGAGUCAUCAAAAUGUAAAUGUAAUGCAGUUGCUCAUUUAUUUAUUAAAAUUUACCUACCUACAUA